AUGAUUAGCGCCAUUCGUUCACUAAACACCCGUAAACCACUGGAGCCUAUGAGCGCGCAGGAGGUGUUUGAUUGCAAUCCUAAUUGGUGUAUAUGCAAUGCAACUGUCACCGCAUACGAUGUCUACCAGUCAAUAGAUGAAUAUAUUGGCAUGAGACUUGAUUUGGAAAGGGAUAAACCGUUCACCGGCCAGUGCACCCAUACAUGCAAUAAAACAAUAAUUGAUAAAACAGGCUAUGGGUGGGAAAAUGCCGGUUAUACUUAUCCACAGCACCCCUUUGAUCGAGAGAAAGUAAUGAGUGAUUGGCUCUCAAAGGUACCAUUCGUUGUGUACACAAAGUCCAGUUCCCAUGUAUUCCAGACAUACGCCGGCGGUAUACUAGACAGCGAUGAGUGCAAUAAUACCGGCCCUUUGGAUCACAGCCUACUUCUGGUGGGAGAGGGUGUCGACAAUGGGACAGACUAUUGGAUCGCCAGAAAUAAUUACGGUGAGGGCUGGGGUGAAAAGGGUUACAUACGUCUGGGUAAAGGCAAAAAUGUGUGCGGGAUCGGUUUAGGAUAUAUUAUUGUUGAGUAA